CUUUUGACGUUUCGGCUAAAUAGAUUCUCGAGAGAUUCGGGAAAUAUAAAAAUCUUGAUUUAAAGUGUUUUUGUAGUUAAAAUCAGUCUCUUAUAUUAUAUCGUUUAUAAAGUUAUUCAUCAUGUUCAAAAAAUUUGACGAAAAGGAGAGCAUUUCCGGAGUUCAGCAACUUAAGUCUUCAGUUCAGAAGGGUAUCAGGGCGCGACUGUUGGAGUUGUACCCACAUUUGGAGAAUCACAUCGAUCAGGUUCUGCCGAAAAAGGACACAUUUCGUAUUGUAAAAUGUCACGACCACAUAGAAAUAAUGGUAAACAGCGCUGGGGAACUCCUUUUUUUCCGCCACCGAGAGGGACCGUGGAUGCCAACAUUGCGGCUUCUACAUAAAUACCCAUUCUUCCUGCCGAUGCAACAGGUGGACAAGGGUGCUAUCCGCUUCGUGCUCAGCGGGGCUAACAUCAUGUGCCCCGGGCUGACGUCUCCCGGAGCUCGAAUGUCAUCUGUGGAGAAGGGCAGCGUAGUCGCCGUCAUGGCUGAGGGCAAAGAGCACGCUUUGGCUGUUGGCAUGACGUCUUUGUCGACUGACGACAUUGCAAAGGUUAACAAGGGCGUUGGAAUAGAAAACUGUCAUUACCUCAACGAUGGACUAUGGCAAAUGAAGCCCGUUAAGUGAGGAGAUGAUUGUAAUUUGACUUGUUAAUGUAAUUUAUUUUAAGCUUUUUCUUUAUAAAAUAAACUUCUCAUAAUGUAAUGCUGAAG